AGUGACCGAGCAGUCGUGUCGCGACAUCGUCUCACAUCGUCACCCGGCCAACAAGUAUGAGAUUCUUGUGUGUGUGACGUUGAGCGACAACAGUGUUACAUAAGGAAAAAAAUAAGCCAAUUUAAUUUUGAGCUGGAAGCUAUCAGUUCAACGUGUGUGCGCUUAAGGUGCCGAAAAGAGCAUGCAGAUUUAGUGUGAGUGAGUGUUGUGCGAGUGAGACGAAAAAAAAAAGGAAUUCAACAACUUCUGCCGAAGGGCUAGUGCUGAAGCAAAAUUGAAAAUUAUUAAAACCUGCAUAAACCUCUCAUAGAGAAAACCCCAUCCCCAAUAUCAUCAACCCUCGGGAGUGCGUAUUUGUGCGUAGAGUGUGCAAAAGUGUAAGCGAAAGCCAUCAACCAUACUUUGACGAAGACGAAAAGGAUAAAGUGAGAAUAAUCUCCUAAACAACAACGAAAUGGCGGAAGAUCUGCGAGACCGCAAUGACCCGGAGCUGAAAUAUCUGUCCGUGGAGCGGAAUUCCUUCAAUGAUCCGGCUACGCAAGCCGAGUGGACACAAAAGCGGUUAGUUUGGGUGCCGCAUGAAUCACAGGGUUUCGUCGCUGCCAGUAUCAAAGGCGAGCGUGGCGAUGAAGUGGAGGUCGAGCUGGCCGAAACCGGCAAGCGCGUGCUGGUACUUAAGGAUGACAUCCAGAAAAUGAACCCGCCCAAAUUCGACAAAGUCGAAGAUAUGGCCGAGCUGACGUGCCUGAACGAAGCCUCCGUCCUGCACAACAUCAAGGACCGAUACUACUCCGGUUUGAUAUAUACAUACUCGGGCCUGUUCUGCGUAGUAGUGAACCCGUACAAGAAGCUGCCUAUCUAUACCGAGAAGAUCAUGGAGAAAUACAAAGGCAUCAAACGGCACGAAGUGCCACCACACGUAUUCGCGAUUACAGACACCGCCUAUAGAUCGAUGCUUCAAGAUCGAGAGGAUCAGUCGAUUCUGUGCACGGGCGAGUCGGGCGCGGGUAAAACCGAGAACACAAAGAAAGUUAUCCAGUAUUUAGCGUACGUCGCCGCAUCGAAACCGAAGGGAUCCGUCGCGACACCAACGCCAGCACUUAUCAUCGGUGGUCACCACACGAGUUUAUCGGGUGAGUUGGAGCAGCAGUUGCUUCAGGCAAAUCCCAUUCUUGAAGCAUUCGGUAAUGCAAAGACGGUGAAAAACGACAAUUCCUCUCGUUUCGGUAAAUUCAUUCGGAUAAACUUUGACGCUUCGGGUUACAUUUCCGGAGCUAACAUCGAAACGUAUCUGCUGGAGAAGUCACGUGCCAUUCGCCAGGCGAAAGAUGAGCGUACAUUCCACAUCUUCUACCAACUGCUGGCCGGCGCAUCGCCCGAACAACGCGAGCGCUUCAUCCUUGACGAUGUCAAGACAUAUCCGUUUUUGUCUAACGGUGGGCUACCGGUACCGGGAGUGGACGAUUAUGCUGAAUUCCAGGCCACGGUGAAGAGCAUGAACAUUAUGGGCAUGACAGCGGAGGACUUUAACUCGAUCUUCCGCAUCGUGAGUGCCGUGCUGUUGUUCGGUUCGAUGACGUUCAAGCAGGAGCGUAACUCGGACCAGGCCACGCUGCCCGACAAUACGGUCGCGCAGAAAAUUGCGCAUCUGCUCGGCCUUAGUGUGACGGAUAUGACAAAGGCAUUCCUUACGCCACGCAUCAAGGUCGGACGAGAUUUUGUGACCAAGGCGCAGACAAGGGAACAGGUAGAGUUCGCCGUUGAGGCGAUCGCUAAGGCAUGCUACGAGAAGAUGUUCAAGUGGUUGGUGAACCGGAUAAAUCGAUCACUUGAUCGUACCAAGCGUCAGGGUGCCUCAUUCAUCGGCAUUCUUGAUAUGGCUGGCUUCGAAAUAUUCGAGCUGAACUCAUUCGAACAACUUUGCAUUAACUACACGAAUGAAAAGCUGCAGCAGCUGUUCAAUCACACCAUGUUCAUCCUCGAGCAGGAAGAAUAUCAGCGCGAAGGUAUCGAGUGGAAGUUUAUCGAUUUUGGACUGGAUCUUCAACCCACGAUUGAUCUGAUCGAUAAGCCGGGUGGUAUUAUGGCUCUAUUAGAUGAAGAGUGCUGGUUCCCGAAGGCAACCGACAAAUCGUUUGUAGAGAAGCUGGCCGCCGCUCAUUCCAUGCAUCCGAAGUUCAUGAAGACGGACUUCCGAGGUGUGGCGGACUUUGCUGUCGUUCACUACGCCGGCAAAGUGGACUACUCGGCGACCAAAUGGUUAAUGAAGAACAUGGACCCAUUGAAUGAGAACGUGGUGUCUUUGCUGCAAGCAUCGCAGGAUCCAUUUGUGGUUCAGAUUUGGAAGGACGCUGAGAUCGUCGGUAUGGCACAGCAGGCUCUUACCGACACACAGUUCGGUGCUCGCACGCGUAAGGGUAUGUUCCGUACUGUUUCGCAUCUUUACAAGGAGCAGUUGGCGAAACUAAUGGACACGCUGCGCAACACGAAUCCGAACUUUGUGCGCUGCAUAAUUCCGAACCACGAAAAGCGUGCGGGCAAAAUUGACGCUCCGCUUGUGUUGGACCAGCUGCGCUGCAACGGUGUGCUCGAGGGCAUCCGUAUCUGCCGGCAGGGCUUCCCUAAUCGUAUUCCGUUCCAAGAGUUCCGACAGCGCUACGAACUGCUUACACCGAACGUCAUUCCGAAGGGCUUUAUGGAUGGCAAACGGGCUUGCGAGCAGAUGAUCAAAUCGCUGGAACUGGACAGUAAUCUGUAUCGCAUCGGCCAGUCGAAGAUCUUCUUCCGUGCGGGAGUGUUGGCUCAUCUGGAGGAGGAGCGUGACUACAAGAUUACGGAUUUGAUUGUUAACUUCCAGGCGUUCUGUCGUGGUUUCCUUGCACGCCGCAAUUAUCAAAAACGACUGCAGCAGCUGAACGCGAUUCGUAUUAUUCAGCGCAACUGUGCCGCUUACCUGAAGUUGCGCAAUUGGCAAUGGUGGCGUUUGUACACGAAAGUGAAACCAUUGCUGGAAGUUACCAAGCAAGAGGAGAAAUUGGUGCAGAAGGAGGAUGAGCUGCGACAAAUCCGUGACAAGCUUGAGAACUUGUCGAAGAACUCCCAGGAGUAUGAGAAGAAAUAUCAACUGGCAAUGGAGGAAAAGACACAUCUGGCCGAACAACUGCAGGCGGAAAUUGAGCUCUGUGCCGAGGCGGAAGAAGGACGUGCUCGUCUGGUUGCUCGCAAACAGGAGCUGGAGGAACUUAUGCAGGAUCUCGAGUCGCGCAUUGAAGAAGAGGAGGAACGUGUAAAUGCACUGACAAGCGAGAAAAAGAAGUUGCAAAUCAACAUUCAGGAUUUGGAAGAGCAGCUAGAGGAGGAGGAAGCUGCCCGUCAGAAACUUCAGCUCGAAAAGGUACAACUCGAUGCCAAGUUGAAGAAAAUGGAAGAAGACGUGGCAUUGAUUGAAGACCAGAAUCACAAACUGGUGAAGGAGAAGAAACUGUUGGAGGAACGUGCCAACGAUCUAUCUCAAACGCUUGCGGAAGAAGAGGAGAAAGCAAAACAUCUUGCCAAGCUGAAGGUGAAACACGAGUCGACAAUCGCGGAGCUUGAGGAACGCCUUUUGAAGGAUCACCAGCAGCGCCAGGAAGCGGAUCGUUCGAAGCGAAAGAUUGAAACGGAAGUAGCUGACCUGAAGGAGCAGAUCAAUGAACGACGCAUGCAGAUCGAGGAGAUGCAGCAGCAACUAGUGAAGCGCGAAGAAGAACUCGCACAGACACUUGUGCGCAUCGACGAAGAGUCGGCAGCGAAGGCCGCGGCUCAAAAAACCCAGCGAGAACUCGAAUCGCAACUGGCAGAAAUUCAGGAAGAUCUGGAAGCGGAAAAGCUUGCUCGCUCCAAGGCAGAGAAGCAAAAGCGUGAUCUUAACGAAGAACUUGAGGCCCUGAAAAAUGAACUAUUGGAUUCGCUGGACACUACUGCCGCACAACAAGAACUGCGAUCGAAACGGGAACAAGAGGUAGCUACACUGAAGAAGACGCUCGAAGAUGAGUCUGCCAACCAUGAAGCAUCCUUGAUGGACAUGCGACACAAACAUGCGCAAGAGAUUUCUUCCAUUAACGAGCAAUUGGAGAAUCUAAAAAAGCUGAAGGGCGGCUUGGAGAAGAGCAAACAACAGCUUGAAGCGGAAAAUGCUGACCUUGCCACCGAACUGCGCAACGUAAACCAAUCGCGCCAGGAGAACGAUCGUCGGCGUAAGCAGGCGGAAACGCAGAUCGCCGAGCUACAGGUAAAACUGGCUGAAAUCGAUCGUGCUCGUGUUGAGCUGCAGGACAAGGCAACAAAGCUGCAACAAGAAAAUGAAAACAUCACUCAACAGCUUGACGAAGCUGAACUGAAGGCUUCGGCUGCGAUCAAGAGUGCUGGCAAUCUGGAAAGUCAGCUGACCGAAGCUCAGCAGUUGUUGGAAGAGGAAACGCGUCAAAAGCUCGGAUUGAGCUCUAAGCUGCGUCAAAUCGAAUCAGAGAAGGAGGCGCUCCAGGAACAAUUGGAAGAGGACGAGGAAGCAAAAACUAACUACGAAAAGAAGCUGGCUGAGUUGAACUUCACCAUUCAGGAGCUCAAGAAACGCUCGGAGGAGGAUUCGGACAUUGCGAAGGAACUGGAGGAAUCGAAGAAGAAGAUGAACAAAGACAUCGAAACGCUCCAGCGGCAGAUCCAAGAAUUGCAGGCGGCCAACGAUCGCUUGGAUAAGAGCAAGAAAAAGAUCCAGUCUGAACUUGAGGACGCCACCAUCGAGUUGGAAACUCAGCGCACCAAGGUGUUGGAAUUGGAGAAGAAACAAAAGAACUUCGACAAAGUGUUGGCCGAGGAGAAGGCUAUCGGCGAACAAGUGGCUCAGGAACGUGACGCUGCCGAACGCGAGGCAAGAGAGAAAGAAACCAAGGUUCUAUCACUAACCCGCGAGCUUGAUGAAGCGUUCGAAAAGAUUGACGAACUGGAAACAAAGCGUAAGGGUCUGCAGAAUGAGUUGGACGAGCUGGCAAACACACAGGGAACAGCCGACAAAAACGUGCAUGAGCUAGAAAAGGCCAAGCGAGCCCUAGAAAGUCAGCUGGCGGAACUGAAAGCACAAAAUGAGGAGCUUGAGGAUGAUCUGCAACUGACCGAGGAUGCCAAGCUGCGGUUGGAGGUAAAUAUGCAAGCCCUGCGCGCACAAUUUGAACGAGACAUUCAGGCGAAGGAGGAACAAUCGGAAGAGAAACGACGCGGAUUGGUCAAAGCGUUGCGGGACCUCGAAGCCGAGCUGGACGAAGAACGCAAACAGCGCGCGGCUGCCGUGGCAGCGAAGAAAAAGCUCGAGGGUGACAUCAAGGACAUGGAGGCGACGCUCGAGAUGAACAAUAAGGUGAAGGAGGACGCACUGAAGCAGGCGAAGAAACUGCAGGCACAAAUCAAAGACGCGAUCCGUGACGCCGAGGAAGCUAAGGCGGCUAAGGAGGAGUUAGCCGCCAUUAGUAAGGAGUCUGAGCGCAAGGUGAAAACUCUCGAGGCGGACGUGAUGCAACUGUCCGAGGAUCUGUCCAGUUCGGAACGGGCACGUCGUGCUGCGGAGGGUGAACGUGACGAGCUGCUUGAAGAAAUCAAUUCCAAUUCUAACAAGGGCUCGUUAAUGAUCGACGAAAAGCGGCGCCUGGAGGCACGCAUUGCCGCUCUUGAGGAAGAACUCGAAGAAGAACAAUCCAAUCUCGAGCUCAUGGUGGAUCGAAACCGCAAGGCUCAGCUUACAAUCGAACAGCUGACAACUGAACUGGCGACGGAAAAGUCGAACGCCCAGAACAACGAAGCACUGAAGUGUGGUCUCGAACGUCUGAACAAAGAGCUUAAAGCGAAACUCUCCGAACAGGAAACGGCACUCCGCACGAAGCUGAAGGCCGCGACAGCAGCUUCCGAGGCCAAGAACAUGAACUUGGAGAAACAGCUCGAAAACGAAACGAAGGAGCGACUGGCCGUGCAAAAGGCAAACCGCAAGCUCGAGAAACGCAUCAAGGAGCUGACGAUGAAUAUCGAGGACGAGCGACGACAUGCCGAUCAGUUUAAAGAGCAGAUUGAAAAGGUUAACAAUCGAAUGAAGACGCUCAAGCGCAACCUGGACGAGGCAGAGGAAGAAAUCCAGAAAGAGAAGACACUGAAACGAAAGGCCCAGCGGGAAUGUGAAGAUAUGCUGGAAAGUCACGAAGCACUGUCACGGGAAGUGAAUGCACUCAAGUCGAAACUGAGACGAGGUGGCGCAAUGGGCAGUUUGAGCUCAUCCCGAUUGACACCGAAGCGCGAGAAUGAUUCGAUCUCGGUGCAGGAUGAAUCGCUCGAUGGCGAAGAUAACAGCAACUGACGAAAGACGUCUUCCAAUGGCAAGCAGCAGCAGCAGUAUCAAUCGCAACACCAACAAUUCUACCACCAUUCCGACAACCUUUACUGAGAAGUGAAUAUGAAUAGGUGGCAACAGUAAUGCAUAAAUAGGUUUACCAGCAAUAAAGGGACGAAUGAGCAAACAAACCCUCUUGGGGAGGUCGGACCGUACAUACACAUGCACGUGCACACUAUGUAAGAACGGACAACAAAAUGCAGUCAGUGAUCAACUGGACUGGGUGGGUCGAAUCGAAAAUGCAUUUACCCCAUUUUUAACCAUACAUUCGUGUGUCAUUGAACAUGAUUAUAGGGCUUCGAUUGUUGGACGUAAGGAAUGUUACGGAUAUGAAAGUUAGGUGUAUGUGUGUGCGAGAAAGUUAUGAAGCGGAUUAGAAUGAUUUCCUUGUUUGUUUUUUCUUCUUUCUAUCCGCCUUACAAUUGUAUGCUUGAUGGAUGAAAGCAAGAUGAUGUUUUAUGUAAAAGCGCAACACUGUCGAUGCGUUUAUGUUCACAUUCCUGUUAUUUUUUAAGAAACGAGAGCAACGUGAUGUGUAAAAUGGAUACAGCACGCUGUUUCCACUGGUCCACUGGAAUGUUGGACCUCCGAUAGAGAAGGUGUGGAAGCGUGCACUGUGAUCGCUGCAAGGGAACAACAGUGCUCGCUGCAACCCCCUGAAAACGAAGAGAAUGAAAUGAUGAAUGUUUUCUGUGUGAGAGAGUACCCUUAGCAAAGUGCCAUGUUUAAUAACAAUCAAAUCUAGAUAGAUCGAACGAAAGGAGCAAACUGAAAGUGAAAGGGCUUUUCUUCG